AUGAUGUCUACUGCUGGUUCGUAUGCCGUGUUCAUGGCGAAUCGCGCCGCUGAUCGGCGUGAAGAUGAGGAAAGAGAGCGCCAAGAACAGGCAAGGGCCGUUGUUGACAACCGAAGCUUCUUCAAGGCUUCGAACACCAUGUGGGAUUGCAUCCAACUCAAACGUAAUCUCGAGUUCAAUCUUCGUCAUCGCCAAGGAGUGGAGGCCGAGAAGAUUGAUUGGUUGGUGGAUAAAAUUGGAGGCCUCGGAAGAAACCACCUUUUCGAGACUUGGUUCGGAGGACCAAAUAUCACUGGCUACGAUGGAUACCCUUUUCCCAUGAAAAGGAAGGAUUGGUUGUCUUGCGACCGUGAACCAAAGUGGGGCGACGAAACUUCGAACAGUCGUGACCCCAUUCUCACCAACAAAGACGUAAUCUUUGUCAUGUUCAACAAGAUGAUCACCGACGGCGAUCUCUUGACCUGCUUCUGUGCCGCCAUGCACAGGUCCGGUGGCAAUUGGAAGUACUGGCGAUUCAUCCACCGUUUCAUGAGUUGCUUUGGUGUUGCUACGCUCGGCAAUGGAGAUUGGGAAACAUAUGAAGAGUACCGCCUUACCCAUUUUGAUGGUAUUGGUAGCGACGCUGAACCUUCCGAGUAUGACUUGCAUGGAACCAUUCAAGACCUCACCGGUGUGGACGACGAAGAGCAAGCUUUGGAAGAGCUUAUUGUCGAAGAAAUCGAAACUGCUGGCGUCGAAACUGCUAGAAUCGAAACUCAACCCCGAGAACCAAAUGCCAAUGCCGCGGAUGUUGCAUCUAUGGACCAUGUCAGGUUGGAGUUGGAGGAAACGUUCGAUUCCGUGCAUGCCAAGGCCGAAGAGGUAGCUGUGAAGGUGGAAGACAACGGUGAUGUUGAAGACGACGACGGCGACAAGAAACCUGCUGCAAAGAAAAGGAAGAAUCCUCCUCGCAGGUGCCGAAACGACUGA